AAUGAUCAUUGAAGAAAAUGAAUUUGAUAAACAAAUAGAUGAUCUCUUAAAUAAAGAAAAGACAGCACGUUUAGCCAAUAAUUUAGUUGAAACACUUAAAGUCACUAAAUAAAUUGCUAGAUUGUGUUUUGAUACAAAAUAAUACUCAAAAUUUAAUGAAUUAAUAGUAUCACUUAGUAAAAAGAGAGGAUAACCAAAAAAAGCAUAAAUUGAACUUGUUUAAAUGGCUAUGGCUGAAUUAAAGACACUUACAAUAAAUUAAAAAUUGGAAAUGAUAGAUGCCAUUAUGAAAGUAUGUGAAAAGAAGAUUUACUUAGAAGUUGAGUAUGCUCGUUGUGUAUUGAUGCUCACAUAAUAUAAAGAAGAUGAUAAUUAAAUUGCUGAUGCUGCCAAAAUAUUAUAAGAAGUUUAAGUUGAAACUUAUGGAUCUAUGGAUAAAAGAGAAAAAUUAGAAUUUAUUUUAUAUUAAAUGAAAAUUAUGAUUAAGAAAUUAGAUUAUGUUAGAUUAUUCAUAAUCUCAAAGAAGAUUGAACCAAAAAAUAUUGAAGAUGAUAUUAUUGCAGAUCUUAAGAUUAUUUAUUAUUCAUUCUUAGUUAUUUAUUAUAGACAUGAAAAUAAUUAUCAAGAAACAGCUCAUGCUUAUUCUAAAAUAUUAGAAUCAUUGCAUAAAAAUAGAUAAUUAGAAGCAACAAAAGUUGAUUUCAAUUUCAAAAUUGAUUAUAAUACAAUCUUAGAAAAUUAUGCUUUAUAUACAAUAUUAAGUCAAUAUUCUGAUGAUAAGGUAUAUCAUAAAAUAAUAUAAAUUAGUAAAAAUAAUUAUAGAAUAUUAUAACAACAUAUAAAUAUGGUCUAGAAGCAUUACCUAAUUUAUAAUAAUUGAUUUAAGCUUUUUUAGGAACUGAAUUGAUUAGUACUGAACCAUAAACUCAUAAUAUCCAAGCAGCUGAAAUAUUUGAUGAAGGUAUAGAGAAUAAUUAAUAAAGAUAUAAAGGUAAUAAUUAAAUAUAAUAUUCUUAGACUUUAGAAGAUAAUUAAUUCAUCAUAAUUUAAGAAUUUUUUAGAUCUAUUAUGAUUCUGUAUAUCUUAAUAGAAUAACAGAAUUAAUUGGAAUUAGUACCUAAGAAUUGGAAGAAGAAAUUUGUAUUAUGAUGGAUUAAAAAGUAUUAUUUUAUUUUAAAUCAUUUAAGUUACUUAAUUGCAAAAUUGAUCGAAUUUAAGGAAUAGUUGAUUACUAGUUAAAGAAGAAUGAAAAUGAUGUUUUGUAAGAAUGGGGUGAUAAUGUAAAUAAAGUCUUAAAUCUGAUUGAUUUAACAAGCAAUUUGAUUAAAAGAGAAGAAGAAUUGUUUUUAUGAGU